GUUUAGCCCAAUCAUGUUUUUGAAAGGACAAAAAAAUAGAAAGGUACAAAACAGAAUGAUGUGGUCCAAAAAGGAAAAAGUGUUGAUGUCUAUCGAGGUACACAGAACGAAGCAUAUGGUCUUUGUCCACACCAAAGCAUUUCUUUUUCUACUUUUCUCAAUUUCGAGCUUCUAACGGCACUCUAUAUUAUAUAUUACUAUAGUUACUUUCUUUACUUAUUACUUUCAUGUUUAAAAUCAUUUUCUACUAAAUAUUAUAUCUAUCAGUUUAUAUGGUAUUCUAGCGAAAACCCAUGAUCAGAAAUGCUAACCAGAGGAUUAUAGACAACCUAAAUCCUCCAUACUCUAGAUAGUGUCUAAAUCUAAUCAAACAAUUUAAACCCAAACCACGAUAAUCCUUACUUUCCUCAACUAAACUAUAAAGUACUUCACAGUUUUGAAAUCAGAUGAUUAUGGAUUCGAAGUUGUAAUGGCUGCAUAGAAGUUUGCCCAAUGUAGGCAUUGAUGAAAAUUAACUUGUACUCAUCUAACAAAACGGUUUCGUGGUGUAGUUGGUUAUCACGUCAGUCUAACACACUGAAGGUCUCCGGUUCGAACCCGGGCGAAGCCAUAUACUUUUUAUGUUUUUCUAUGAUUUUAUUUGGGUUAAAAUACUAAAUAAAUAAAUUCUCUCUCUCCGUAAAGUAAAUACCCAUUUCCUUAUUCUUAGUUUUGUGCAUCUUCUGAUUCUAUAAUUAUACUCAACCAAAUCUCUCUCUUCUCUCUCCAAACUCUAAAAUGGCUCACCAGGAAGAAGGAUGGCCGUUGGGUCUGAGACCAGUAAAUGCAAGAAUUGGAGGACUCACAAGAGAACCUCAUCAUGAACAAGUUUCUGCUGGUUCCAUCUCCUUCGGCUCUCUUCACUCUCCUUCUCCCUCCUCUCCCUCUUCCUCCGAUCUUGAUUCCCAGUCGAUGGGAUCAUUUUUUCGAGAUAGGGGCUACACACUAGGAAACCUAAUGGGGAUAUCAAGCUUUCUAGAACUUUCAAGAAGAUCAAAUCGAACAAGGAUUGAUCAAACAGCUUCUAGGAAUCAUCAACAUCAGAAGAAUCUCAAAUCUUACAAGCCAUGGAUUUUCUCUAUAUGUUCCAAACUAAGCACACAUUCUACUAUCAUUCCCCAUAACAAAAUUACUAUAAACGAGUAUAACCGUCGUAACAAUGUGCAAUCUCUCGGACAUUUCCUCAUGGUGGAGAGACGAGCCAUCGGAUCAACCUCACGGUCCACACCAACCAUGUGAAUGUCCCAGAAUUAAUAGCGAAGCAAGCUGGCUCAUGUGAAAUUUUUGUUUGAAACACUUAUGAGAUUUUGAAAUUUGUUUUUUUAUAGUCUAAUGAACAUAACAAAUUCCGAUUGUAUUUUGUAUUUGUUUGUUUCAAAUGAUUUUGUAUUUGAGAGCUUGAAAUAAUUUUUCAUUGCAUGA